CAGGUUAAAGGCAGUCCCUAUACUGGCCCCACGCAGGUCACAUGCCAUGUGGCGCUUCAGCGGUCGGCGGGGACUGUGCGCUGUACAGCGACUGAGCUGCAGGGUACACCACAAAGUAUGGAGGGAGAAGAGUGACCAAGCCUGCGAGCGAGCUCUACAGUAUAAAGUGGGGGAGAAGAUCCACGGCUUCACCGUAAACCAGGUCACUCCUGUUCCUGAACUGUUUCUCACAGCGGUUAAGCUCAGCCAUGACAGCACGGGAGCCCGAUACCUGCACCUGGCAAGGGAAGACAAGAACAACUUAUUCAGCGUACAGUUCCGCACCACCCCGAUGGACAGCACGGGGGUCCCCCAUGUUCUUGAGCACACCGUCCUCUGCGGCUCUCAGAAGUACCCAUGCAGAGACCCGUUCUUCAAAAUGCUCAACCGGUCACUGUCCACGUUCAUGAACGCCUUCACAGCUAGCGAUUACACGAUGUAUCCGUUUUCCACUCAAAACCCCAAAGAUUUUCAGAACCUCCUCUCAGUGUAUUUGGACGCCACGUUCUUCCCGUGCUUGAGGGAGCUAGACUUCUGGCAGGAAGGUUGGCGACUGGAACACGAGAAUCCAAGCGACCCUCAGUCACCCUUAGUCUUCAAAGGAGUCGUCUUUAAUGAGAUGAAAGGGGCAUUUACAGACAACGAGAGGAUAUUCUCCCAGCACCUCCAGAACAAGCUUCUUCCUGACCACACGUACUCCGUGGUCUCAGGGGGCGACCCACUGUGCAUCCCAGAGCUCACGUGGCAGCAGCUGAAAGAGUUCCACGCCACUCACUAUCACCCAAGCAAUGCCAGGUUCUUCACUUAUGGCAAUUUUCAGCUGGAACAGCACCUGAAGCAAAUUCAUGAAGAAGCCCUGAGUAAAUUUCAGAAAAUGGAGGAGAGCACAGUGGUGCCGGCCCAGCCGCGCUGGGACAAGCCUAGGGAAUUUCAUAUAACAUGUGGCCCGGAUUCACUAGCUACAGACGCUGCUAAGCAAACGACUGUCAGCGUCAGCUUCCUCUUACCAGAUAUCACUGACACCUUUGAAGCCUUCACGUUGAACCUUCUGUCUUCCCUCCUCAUCGCUGGGCCCAACUCCCCCUUCUACAAAGCUUUGAUCGAGUCUGGACUCGGCACAGACUUUUCUCCUGAUGUUGGAUACAAUGGCUACACAAGAGAGGCUUACUUCAGCGUCGGCCUGCAGGGGAUUGCUGAGAAAGAUGUCAAGACUGUCAGAGAGCUCAUAGACAGGACAAUCGAAGAAGUUAUUGAGAAAGGAUUUGAAGAUGAGCGAAUUGAGGCUUUGCUUCAUAAAAUCGAGAUCCAGAUGAAGCAUCAGUCAAGUAGCUUUGGCCUUGCCCUGACGUCGUAUGUAGCUUCUUGCUGGAAUCACGAUGGGGACCCCGUGGAGCUCCUGCAGAUGGGAAGUCAGCUGACUAAACUUAGGCAGUGCCUUAAGGAAAAUCCAAAAUUUUUACAAGAAAAAGUAGAGCGAUAUUUUAAGAGCAAUCAGCACAAGCUGACUUUAUCCAUGAAACCAGAUGACAAGUAUUAUGAGAAACAAAUGCAGACGGAGACAGAAAAGCUGGCGCUAAAGGUGAAUGCCCUCUCCCAGGCGGACAAGCAGCAGAUCUAUAAGAAAGGUCUAGAAUUACGGGCUCAGCAGAGUAAACCUCAAGAUGCCUCCUGUCUGCCAGCAUUGAAAGUCUCCGACAUUGAGCCUGUCAUGCCGUUCACCAAGUUUGACAUCGCCCUUGCAGCUGGAGACGUCCCUGUGCAGUACUGCCCCCAGCCCACCAAUGGCGUGGUGUAUUUCCGAGCCUUUUCCAGUUUGAACACGCUUCCAGAGGAGUUGAGGCCCUAUGUGCCUCUCUUCUGUAGUGUGCUGACCAAGCUGGGUUGUGGCAUCCUUAACUACCGAGAGCAAGCCCAACAGAUUGAGCUGAAGACGGGCGGCAUGACUGUUUCCCCGCACGUGCUCCCUGAUGACUCGCAGCUGGAUACCUACGAGCAGGGUGUGCUGUUUUCAUCUCUCUGCCUGGAACGGAACCUGCCAGACAUGAUGCAUCUGUGGAGUGAAAUAUUUAACAACCCAUGCUUUGAAGAAGAAGAGCACUUCAAAGUGUUGGUGAAAAUGACCGCUCAGGAGCUCUCCAACGGGAUUCCAGACUCGGGGCAUCUCUAUGCAGCCCUCAGGGCGAGCAAGACACUCACACCUGCGGGGGACUUGCAGGAGACCUUUGGUGGCAUGGAUCAGGUGAGGCUGAUGAAAAGAAUUGCAGAGAUGCCCGACAUCAAGCCCAUCCUGCGAAAACUACCCAGGAUCAAGAAAUACCUAUUAAACUGUGAUAACAUGAGAUGCUCAGUGAAUGCCACCCCUCAGCAGAUGCCCCAGGCUGAGAAAGAGGUGGAAAAUUUCCUUAGAAAUGUUGGCCGCAGCAAAAAGGAGCGGAAACCCGUCCGCCCGCAUAUUAUUGAGAAACCUACACCCAAUGGCCCCGGUGAAGGUGCACAUGUUAAUGGGUCCCAGAUCAUCAGAAAACUGAUAACGGACCCCACCUUCAAACCCUGCCAGAUGAAGACACACUUUGUGCUGCCCUUCCCUGUGAACUACGUUGGCGAGUGUGUGAGAACCGUCCCCUAUGCUGAUCCUGACCAUGCCAGCCUUAAAAUCCUUGCCCGUUUAAUGACGGCUAAAUUCUUGCAUACGGAAAUCCGAGAAAAGGGGGGUGCUUAUGGUGGCGGCGCUAAACUCAGCCACAGCGGGAUUUUCACGCUUUACUCUUACAGGGACCCAAACUCCAUAGAAACACUCCAGUCCUUUGGGAAGGCUGUAGACUGGGCUAAAUCUGGAAAGUUCACGCAGCAGGACAUUGACGAAGCCAAGCUCUCCGUUUUCUCUGCUGUGGAUUCUCCCAUCGCUCCAUCGGACAAAGGCAUGGACCACUUCCUGUACGGCCUCUCCGAUGAGAUGAAGCAGGCAUACCGGGAACAGCUCUUUGCUGUCAGCCACGACAAACUGACCUCUGUGAGCCAUAAGUACCUUGGCAUCGGGAAGAGCACACACGGCCUGGCGGUGCUCGGACCAGAGAAUUCAAAAAUUGCCAAAGACCCAUCGUGGAUCAUAAGAUAAUGUGUCCACAUGUUUCUGAGUGUGGGUGAGAAAUCAGAGGCUUUUAAAUACUAAGCCUCGGAGCUAAAUUCAUUGUGGAUGGAUGGUCACAGUGUGACUGGCUUCUUUGUUGCAAAAAGCAUAGUUGUGUCAUAUUAAAAAUCUGACCAAAGCUGUUUAUUGACUGGCAAGUUGGGCAAAAACUCUGAAGGAAGUCCUGUGACCAUGAAAAGAUUCCCUAAUCAUGCGUUAAAUGACAAAGGUGAACAAAUUAAAGUUCUGAAGUGUCACUAAGCCUAGAACAUUUAUUUUAAAAAUAAAACUCAACUGACCUACCCAAACUUUAGUCAUUAUUAUAAGUAAUAUUUUAUUGCUUUAAUAUUAAUGUUUAGGCCUUC